AUGGAAACCGCCCCCGUGGUCCCCUUCUGGGGCCCUGCAACGUCUUAUCUAAAGUUUGUUAUGAUCUUCCAAGCCCCUCCCGACAAACCAGCCACUGACGAUUAUGUUGUUACUCGGUUUGUGGCCGAGUUUAUCAAUACGUUCAGCAGUUUUGUCUUCAUCCUCUUCGGUAUCUAUGGCCUGCGACAGCUUCAUCGGAAAAAGCAAACGGGGUUCCGCUCGAUUUCGUAUUUGGGGUUGAUCGGUGUCGGCGUCUGUUCGGCUGGUUACCAUAUGACCCUCAAAUACCAUACUCAAAUGUCGGAUGAGCUGUCGAUGCAUCUUCUGACCACGCCCCUCCUAUACCGAAUUCUAACCUUCAAGGCUAGCGCAGAGCGAACCAGACUCGUGGGGAUCGUCCUCUCGGUGCUAUUCACCAUCGUCAUGGUCGUUCACAUGGUCAUGGACGAGUUCCUUCUGCACGCGUCUAGCUUUGGACUUGCAGUUUAUAUGAUCGCGACGCGAACUUCCAAGAUUAUCUCACAACAAGUCCCUAAUCCUUAUUUGAGGAGAAAGCUUCGGAAUAUCUCAUUCUUCGGUAUCUUCUGCUUUGGUUUGGGCUAUUCCGUGUGGCUCGUUGAUGACUGGGCCUGUGGAUUCCUUAUUGAAACAAGACAUGCGGUUGGUUUGCCUUUGGCUUUCUUGACUGAACUUCAUGGAUGGUGGCAUAUUCUCACUGCGAUUGGUGGCUACGUUGCUGUUGUACUUGUGGAUCUGGUAACUACGGGUGAGGUGCACGAAGAUCCUACUGAGCAACUUGCAUGGCCUAUACCGCCUGCUGCAAGAUUCAUCGAGUCGGUUAUUGGCUCCGCAAAGCAGAAAUAG